AUGGAGUCGAAAUUGAUUACCGCAACGUCGUUUAUUCGUUUUAUAUCGAAAUCACGAAAGAAACAGUCGAUCGCUAAAGCACGCCGUAAAUCUCAAAAACUGAUACAAAGCACAGCAAUUUUUCUGGACGCCACCAUUCGAUCAACCAACAUUCAAGCUCGAAAAUCUUUGAAGAUUCUCGAACAUAUCGUAACCCACACGGAUCGGGAAGUGCUACAGUGCAUCCCGGAGAAACAGGUCGUUCUAGAGUGUUCUUUAGUGCUGGUUCAAACUUACGUUGCACAUUUGAGAUUACGGCACCGUUUUUGCGAUCGCUUCCACCGGCAACCGUUCGCAAAUGCCAAAAAGUGCUUUCAAGCUCUGAUAAAACUAAUGAUUCCGGAAAUGCAGCACCUGGUGAUUGAGACGAUACUCAGUUUCUUGCAAAGGGAAAACCUCUGGAAGGUAGAGUUCAUUUGCGUGGAGAUUCUAAUUAUGGUUCUGGAAUGUCAGAGUCCGGCUUCGCUGCUUUUGUGUAAACUAGUCAACUAUAUAGAAAAUUUGCUGUUAAAAAAUGACGUUACACAAACUCGGCAUGUUGUAAUCGUGCUGCAGAAUAUCAUUAACAAAGAACAUUGGAGUAGCGUACCGCACUGGAGUAUAGCGAAGCUACUUCAGAUCUAUCAUAGCAGUGCAAUUAUGGGAGACUCGAAAAAUCAAAUUUAUGAGUUGAGACUAGGAUUUGAAAAAUGUUUACGCAACCUGAUUAAGGUUCUAUCGAAUGUUGAAUUAACCAAGCUAAUCAUUACCAUGCUUCCGUUGACAUUCGAUACGGCGCUAACCAACGAGACAAUGUUGGAGUUUGGAACCACAGUAGAAUUUGCUGCAGCUACGUUAGUUCUUAGUGGUUCCCCUUUGACUGAAGAAGUCUACAUUGUGGAAUACCUCGUAUAUUAUAUCCGUUCUGAACUUCCAACGAAAAGUGUCCUAGCAAGCAGAAUAUUUACUAAAUUGUUGGAUCGCGGCAAUAAUUUUCUACAGUUUAGCACUCCGAGGAUUUUCCACGAAAAUACCUAUUAUGACAUUGAUAUCAACGUUUACAAUCCAGCUCGCAAACACAUUUACGAAGCUCGCCGAGUACUGUUAGAACGAGCAUUCGAGACGGCUUUUGAGUUACACAGCAAUCGCCGAAUGAACCUAGAAGUUUUCUACAACGUUUUGUGCAUGCUACUGGUGGAAAUUCCUUGCGGAUUCACAGCAUGUACUAUAGUUUGUCUGCUUCUGAAAAUUCAACGAAGUAUGUUAGAACCCGACGACAACAAGGACAACAAACAGCACACGAACUACAUCCAUGCGACAAUCAUCAGCAUUAUGACGCUGAUCAACUGGAUUCAUCGUGGCCCAUCACUGACAGCGUACGUCAACGGAAUCCUCAACCACCGAUUCGAUCAUGCUCCGCAUCUAAAUCCACCAUUGAAGGAAACUUACCGUUAUGCCAGGCACCACAUCACCUGGAACGAACCGAUCCUGUUUUUCGAUGCACUAGAACUCCGGUACGGUCUGUGGAAGUGCUUCCGAAUCAACGAACCCAAGAUUGUUGCUCCGAAGCAAAUCUACUCACGGUUGGAAAUGUUGGUUUCCGGUGGCGGUAAAGGAAAGAAAUUGAAACAAAACCGACAGCGAACCGGGUUCUAUUGCGUCGAGUUGUUUGAAAAUCGUCCUUCUAUUGCAUUGCAAUGA